AUGGCCCCAGUUCAAAUCAAGCAGGCUGUAAUGUGGCUUUUAGAGACUGGUGCAUUUGCUGACUGUGAUCUUGAUAUUAAAGCCAGGACAUUCAACAAGCAGAAGCCAUUUUGUCAUCAGAUUUUCAAGGACUUGAUUCAUAAUCAAUGGUAUGGGCGUAAGGGCAUUCCUUUAGCUCUACUUGCAAUUAUUGAAUGUUCCCUCAGGGGAUAUGUGAAUGGUAGAAAAGCUACCCAAGAAUUCUCAGAGAGCAUUGUCAAAACCAGGUGGGAGUACUAUUUCAAAAAGCUGUUGGCGCUUCAGAAGAAAAGCCCUGUGUGGAUGAAGCAAAUGAGAGAAGGUUUGUACCAGGACAUUCUAAAUCUGGCCAAUCUCCAUUAUCUAGGGAUUGAUGAAGACCAGAUGAAGGAUGAGGAUUUUGGUAUUGAAUUUGAAGCUCUAGAGGACACUAUCAUUGCACAAGCUGCUUAA